AUGAGCAUAGCUGGAACUAGAAAGUCUUAUCUUAUUAAGGCUAUUCGUUGUAAAUUUAAUAAAAUUAGAAAAAACAAUAAUCUUUCUCAACCAAUUCUUGUGCUUGCACCUACUGGAGUUGCUGCUUUUAAUAUCCACAGCAGCACUAUUCAUUCUGCACUAUCAAUUCCAGUUAAUAAAAAAAAUUUUGAUAUAACAGAUGAACACUUAAAGCAAUUGCAAACCAAGUUACAGUGGGUAAAUUAUAGUAUCAUUGAUGAAAUGAGUUCUUCUAUUAUUUUUGUUAGAGACUUUGAGCAGUUUUCACCAGUCUGUGAUCUUUCUAUAUAUGUACAAGAUUCCUACACUGUUAAUAAAAUCAAUCUUGAAAAACUACAUUCAUUGAAUCAACCUGUUGCUAAAAUAUGUGCUGUUCAUAGUGAUAAUCAUGAAACUUCUACUGAACUUGUAAAUAGUGCUAUGGGAAAAAUUAUGAAUAUUCUAUUUGAUAAAGAAUGUGGUCCAACUUCACUUCCUAAUUCAGUUCUGGUUGCAUUUGAUAUCUAUUAUGGUUCUACAAUUACUAUGCCUGAAGGAAUCCAAGCAAUCACAGUUCACAAAUCUCAAGGUCUAACUCUAUCUAAGGCCAUAGUAAAUAUUGAAGAAAGAAAGUUUGCAGCUGGUCUCUCUUUCGUAGCAAUAUCUUAG